AUUACGUAGCGGGUGGGGCCGGAAGUGCCGCUCCCGGGUGGGGGCUGUUCAUGGCGGUUUCGGGGUCUCCAACUGUUUCUCAAGUUGAGAUCCAAAAGCCUCCCGAAGCGGGGUCAUCGGAGCUUGAGGUUCUUGCUGGUGUGAAAUGACUGAGUACAAACUGGUGGUGGUUGGAGCAGGUGGUGUUGGGAAAAGUGCUUUGACAAUCCAGCUAAUCCAGAACCACUUUGUGGAUGAAUAUGAUCCCACCAUAGAGGAUUCUUACCGAAAACAAGUGGUAAUUGAUGGUGAGACCUGUCUGUUGGACAUACUGGACACAGCUGGACAAGAGGAGUAUAGUGCCAUGAGAGACCAGUACAUGAGGACAGGAGAGGGAUUCCUCUGCGUGUUUGCUAUCAAUAAUAGCAAAUCGUUUGCAGAUAUUAAUCUCUACAGGGAGCAGAUUAAGCGGGUGAAAGACUCUGAUGAUGUUCCUAUGGUGCUGGUGGGGAACAAGUGUGACCUGCCAACAAGGACAGUUGACACAAAGCAAGCCCAUGAGUUGGCCAAAAGUUACGGAAUCCCAUUCAUUGAAACCUCAGCCAAGACCAGACAGGGUGUGGAAGAUGCCUUUUACACUCUAGUGAGGGAGAUACGCCAGUACCGAAUGAAGAAGCUCAACAGCAAUGAUGAUGGCACUCAAGGUUGUAUGGGGUUGCCCUGUGUGGUGAUGUAGUAGAGACUAUUUGAAAGUUCUGUCAUCAGAAAAGAGCCACUUUGAAGCUGCACUGAUGCCCUGGUUCUGACAUCCCUGGAGGAGACGUGUCCCUGCCGCUCUCUGCAUCUCAGAGGAGCUACUGCUUCCUGCUUCUCUGACUCCGUAGAUGAGCACAGCCAUCUAACCUGAAACCUCUUCAGAGUAACUACCUCCUCCCUCGGCUGUCCAACCAGAGAAAUGCACCUGUUACUCCCUAGUAGUUUCCUGACCUGGAUUCUCCCCCUAGAAACAAACACACCUGACAGCUGGCUUUGUCCUCUGAAAGCAGUUUACACUCCCAUACAGAGAACCAAACUGUAGACAUGCAAUUCUCUCUCUCUCUCUUUUUUUUUUUUUUUUUUGUUUGUUUUUUGUUUUUGGUUUUUUUUGUUUGUUUGUUUUGUUUUUAGAGACAGGGUUUCUCUUUGUAGCCUUGGCUGUUCUGGACUUGCUUUGUAGACCAGGCUGGCCUCGAACUCACAGAGAUCCUCCUGCUUCUGUCUCCCUGAGUGCUAGGAUUACAGGCCUGUGCCACUGUGCCCAGCUACAUGCAAAUCUGUUGACAACAGUUUCUUGAGCUCUAAGGUAGCAACUGCUGGUGAUCUCUCCCCAACCUCCACUAUCCCGCAUUGAACUUGGCCUUGUUAGUUCUGGGGGAGAUGUCAUAAAUUCAUUUUGCUGAUUGGUUGACUUGUAAUGUGAUCAGCUAUAUUCUAUAAACUGGCAUCUGCUCUGUUUUCAUAAAUGCAAAUAUGAAUACUGACUUGAGUCCAUCCAAGCCUUCUCAACUGCAUGAAAUUAAAUCCAACUUUGACAACAAAGUGCCUUUCUCCUAAAAGUGGUCUAUAGGCUUCCCUUACAGUUUGUAAGUGGAAUAGUUGUUUCAAGAACCAUGAUAUUGGAAAGUGACUGAGCCAUCUACCUUUGAGGGAAAAGUGUAUCUACCUGAUGGCAGAUGCUAUGUCUGUGUACAUGAAGAUAGUUUCCCUGUCUGGGGUUCUCCUAGGAGAAAGAUGAAACUGAAACAAUUAUGAGUAAUUUCACUUAAUUUUUAUCUCAUACUUUCUGGUAGUUUACUGCCUAUAAAUACUUGUAAUUUCUUCCAGCUUACUGAUAAUUUAAUAGUUAAUGAACUUCCGUUAUAAUCAAAUUUGGGUCAUACCAGCAAUUGGUAUGAUUGGGUCUCCCAUCUGUACUUAGUCAAAUACUGUAAAAAUCGGCAUGUUGUUAUUACUUUAUAGCUGUGAUCAAUGAUUCAUCAAACCUCAAAUAUAGUUUACUAGCAGACAGAUUAUAUCUUUGCUGCAUAGUUUCUUCAUUGCAUAUAUAUAUAUAUAUAUAUAUGCAAUAUAUAUAUAAAAUAUGUGGAGAAAGAGUUGUCCUCAGUCCCCUUCUCUUAUCCCAUAGCAGUUCAAGCAUCUACAGAGGCUUGAAUAAUUAUCUCAGUUGCAUAAACCAUGGUGCUAAAGGACCAGGGUCAUGGUUUCAAAACUUGAACAAGCCAUUUAGCAUCACAGACAAAAAUUCAUCCAUAUUUGCUCUCUGCCUGUUAUUUCUACUCACAGAUUUUUGCCUGACGCCUGCUGUUAGCGCUAUAAGGAUAAAAGUUAGUGUGGUCCUAUAGCAGGAUUGGAAAUACUUGGUGUGCUAUGGGGUAAGCUUUAGAAGUCUUUUUGUUUAAGCCACAUGGAACCUAAAGCGAGAGUUCAUACCUCCCCUGUCAGAUAAAUGUUCUUUAAUCUAUAUAGCUUUUUAGAAGUAUUUAAAAUAUGUUGAUAAGUUAGGCUGCCAACUAACAAAAGCUUGUGCAUUUUUUCAAAUCAAGAGGUGUCCUUUGCUACUUGAGAAAAGAAUAUAAAACGCCAUUAAUUGUUGGCAUGUAGAGGCUUAGUAUUUCCAUUUCUGGUAAUUCAUUGGUGGCCUUUUUUUUUUUUUUUUUUUUUUUUUUUUUGUGCUCAAACUUAGGAUAUAACUUAGCUCAGUAAAUUAAUGAAAACCUAAAUUUGGAUAUCUUGAUUAAAAAAAAAAAACUAAUUCCAAAAUGGCCACUUUCUCUUCUGAUCUUGUAAUGCAUAAAAACCUGAGAUCUUUGGGCUCUUUCAUUUAUGACAGUACCUUGCUGUAUUGUCCUGGUUGGCCUCAAACUCACAACACUCUCCCUGCAUUAGCCUCCUAAGUGCUGGAUUCACAGGCAUGUUCUACCACACCUUGCUCAUUAUUUUUUAUUGUUAAGCAAAUUCCCCAUCACCUUCAAACUACUUCAGAAGAGGGAAGAAAUAGACUGUGCUCCUCAGUGCUGAUGGGAUCAUUCCCGUGGAGCCUGCAUUCCUCAACAAACUGCUGCCUUGUAGAACAUUGCUCAGUCAUCUUCCGAAGCUGCUGAGGCCAACACUUGGUCUUGUUCUGUUUUAAUGUAUCUCUGUCACUGGUGAUAUGUAUCUAAAAUGUCUGUUAAACGUAGUGUCCAGUUGGGGAGAAAGUUACUCCUCUUGACCUCUUUUGACCAUAUGCCAUAUAUAAACUAUAGACAUAUGUGUGUGUAUGUCUAUAGUUGGUUUCCAGUAUAUUCUAAGCACAGAAGUAUACGAAUGGAGCCUUGUGACAGGACCUUGCUGUCAGGCUUCAGAUGCUCUUAUUUAGUAGCAUAUGUCCCACGGGGUACGGGUUUGGGCACAACAGUGGCAAAUUUAAAAGCUGAGUAAGUCCAGUUGAUGCGGUAUCAAAAUGGCUUUGGAAUGUGUGAUUACUAAAGAUAGUGCUGGUUUACCUCAAAUUCGUAAGGCCUCUCUUCCCGAAUUUAAGUGCCUGGCCAGCUGUCACAGACCGACAUGUCCCUGUAAGGCAGUUGUUUGCAGCUUUGUUCACACAUUGGAGAGUAUGAAGUGUUGUGUUUUAGAGUUCUGAUGCCGAAGCUUGUAAACCUGUGAAAUGCUGCGUGAUCUGGUAUUCAGAGUGUGUGCGCUGGUGUUCCCGUAGGAGUGCCGUGUGUAAGUGGCACCUGUAGAAUCGGCCUUUAAACUGCUGUGAACUUUUUCAUGACUUGAACAUGAAUAUAGACAAAAAAAAAAAAAAACUUUAUAAGGACAGUUGUUUGUUUUCCCCAUUCCAGAAUGUGUGAGCUCAGUCCCAUCUUCCUUUAUAUUUAGUUAUAAACUCUCAAGCUGGCAGCUAUGAGCAAGGAUCAGAAAAUGGUGCAUUCCACCUCCUGUAAUUAUCUCUGCUAAUUGCGAGAAACAUAGUUAAUGAUGGAAACCAUUUUGCCUGGGUGGUUUCUAUUAAAAAGAGAGCUAAUAAUUGUUUAACAUUAGUUUUUAUUUUGCUGUUUCUUUAAGCUGAUGUGCCACAAAAUUAUUUUAAGGUAUUUGUUUUUUAUAAGAAUUGUUUUAAGAGUGUUCUCAUGAGAUUAGUUAUAUAUAUAUUUUUAAAAUACAGCUGGUUUUUAAAAGUCUGAGUACUGCACUAAGCAAGUAUUUGAACUCUGGAGAGACGGGAGCUGGUAUACGUUGUGACUUUUGUAUUUCCAUGCCAUCAAAUAUAGGUCAGAAUGUCAACUGUGCAAUCCUGCUGUUUAAAUGAGAACUGUUGGCCUUGGUGGCCCGAGGUGAAAGGACUGACAUUUUAGGUUGACUGUUCUAUUGUAAAUUAAUCCAUUCUAACUUUUAAAAACUUGAUUGACUGUUUUCCUUGUUAAAUAAUUUUAAAAAAUAAAAAACUGGAAGUUCUUUGCUUAA